AUGGCUGCCACCAUUACUGCUGACAUGAAAUCUUGUCACCGACAACUUGGCAGGCCUCCGAUAUCUGACACAGACAAAAAACAACGACAACAAGAAGCUUACAAGAAACGUGAUGCUAGUCGGGUGUAUUUAGCUAGUUCUUAUGAGAGAUGGAAACGCUUAGGAGGACAACUGGGGCUCAAGGAUUCGAGCCUUGCAUGGCAUUUGAUGGAGGCCCAUGCCAACAACUGUGACGAAUGCGGGUUACAUGAAGAUAAGUCAGCAGAGGAUGAGAGCAACAUGGAACGUCAAAAAAAUCCUAGUCAGUUUUUCCCAGCUCUAGUUCGAAGUAUUCACAAACUUUGUCAUCGAUAUUAUAGUUUUGGAGAUUGUGUUCAGGUGGUUGGUCUUAUUUGUCUUGAAGUUGAUAAUGGAAAAAAAGAAAACUUUAGUAUUAAAGAGAUGGUACAUAAACCAUUUAUGUUCCAGUUAGGUAAAAAUAAUAAGGACUGCAUCAAUAAUAAGCAUAAUGAUCUUUCGAUGAAUAAAAAGUGCUCAAAAGAUGAAAAUUACAUUGAUGACAGUGAAAAUGAUGAGAGUGAUCAUGGAAUAGGUGAAGAUUUCAUGGAAACUAACCAGUUUAGUCCCACAAACAAAGAUAAAAGUACUGGUGAAGAAACUGGAAAAGACAUUGGUUUAGAAAAUGGUAAUGAAAAGAAAUCUGAAGAAAGCAAAGAAUUGAAUAAUUCCACACAAUCUGAUGAAAGAGAUUCCUCUUUUAUUUCUGUUGGUGAUGAAGAAUAUGAUGUAAAUAAAAAUCAUAAAGAAAAUGUACAAAUAUUCAGUAGUCCCAUUACACAUGAUGUAGAUUUGUAUUCAGACCAUCCCAGAAUCUACACCAAUACUGAAAACACAAUACAAGGCACUGCCAGCUUAAACCAAUAUGAUGAUGACCAUGUACAUGCUGAAACCACAGAAGAUUCAGCUGAUGAUAGCAUCAAUAAACUAGUAAUCUGUGAUACCAGUGAAACAACUCAAGAUACUUCGCUACCUUUAUCCCUUGACGGCAAUAUUUCCCAAUCAAAAUGUGAUAAUUCACUAAGCAAUAAUAAUUCUUUUUCAAAUAAUGCAUUUAUUGAAGAAACACCUGAAACCAAAGAAAAUUUAUCUUAUCCUUCAAUUCAAUCAAAACCAGAAAUGUGCAACAACCAUAAUAGAGAUAUACCACAGAAACAAGAUUUUACAGUUUCAGCUCCAGAAGAUAUAGAUAAAGAUAUACAGAUAGAUAAUGAGAGGUAUAGUUCUGCAGACUUAUUGUUUUUACUUGUCUGUUCAAUAUCAAUGCUGCAGUCAGUGAAUUGUGUGAGAGAAGUUGAUGUUAGUAAAGAGAAAGUAAGUGGUGACCACACUAAUUUUAAACAAUUAGACAUACAGAUACCACCAGAAUCCUGUCUUGGUUUAGAUUUAUCUAUAGUUAAAACAGAAACACCAGAUAAUUUCCAGUCCCCUGAUAAUAUGUUUAAAAGCAAUAGAAAGAGAAAAUCUUCAGAAAUGGAACCGUUGGAUAAAGAAGCUUCCGGUACUCAUUUCUCACCAUCUUACCUCAAUGGUAAUACAAGAAGAGAGAUAGUUUAUAAAGUUGAGUAUGAACAUUUAGAGAAAAAUCCUUUUUGUGAUUUCUACGAAUUAACAGCACGCUACCCGAAUAUACAACAACGAACCUUCUACAGAUGGAAACGCAAGAUUAAAGAUGAGUUUAUAUUUCUGGAACAGAAUCCAGACUUAACUUUUGAACAAUUCUGUGCGUGUGUUUCACAUGCAAAACCUGAAGUCUUUGAAAUUUGGAAGAAACUUAUUAAAGAUGGACAUAGGUUUUCCUCUCUUCAUGUUAGUCCUUCAGACACCUCACCAAGCCUACCUAGUAGUAAAAAACCUGAAGUAUACAAUGCUUCAUUAGCUCUACUACAAAUGUAUCCUCACAUGUCUUUUCAAGAAUUUUCUUACACUCAUCCUAUGAUAUCAAAUGAAGUUUUUUUGUCUUACAAACAACAAGUAUUAUCAGCUAUAUCUCAUGUGGAACAGAACCCUAACCUAGAAUAUAUUGAACUUGUAAAGCAGUAUAAGUUUAUAACUGAAGAUGCUUUUAAUGCUUGGAAGAAAUAUGCUCAGAUGAUAAAUGCUCAGAAAGUUGUGAAACCAGUUAAAGAAGAAAGGUGUGAUAAACCAACACAAGCUGAUUUAUAUGCUAUGCAAAGUGCUAUGCUUCAACAGUAUCCUAUGCUUAUGGGCACUGCAGGAUUUGCAGCUUAUAAUGCACUUAUCAACCAGGCAAUGGCUUCAAGUACCUCUGGUGGACAGUUUUAUCCAGCUUUAAUGCAAGCAGCAGUGAACCAAGCUCAUCACCAAUAUUUACCAAAUCAAUGGCAACAACCAUCUUUAGCAGCUGUUAAUCCUCAAUCUAUAUUGCAAGCCCAACAACAGUUACUUAAACAAACCACUCAACAAUCAUCAUUAUCAAAGCUCCAGUCCCUAACCCAAGUUUUGUGCAAUAACAUGAAAGAGUGUGAUAAAUCUUCACUGUCAUCUUCUUCACCAGACAACUCAUCACCCAUACCAACAGAUAAUACCCUGAAGAAGCAGAAUAAGAAUGAAUAUAUGUACUUUAUCUAUCAUCCUGAUAUCACAUAUUCUGAAUUCAACCUUCACUAUCCUCAUAUCUCUAAUAGAACCUUCUACAGAUGGAAGAAAGAGGUGAAGGAUGCUCAAAAUUUAUUGUCAGAUAAUCCACGCUAUACUUAUGAGGAAUUAUGCUCAGACUUUCCAAAUAUUCCUCAAGAUAUAUUUGAAAGUUGGAAACUAAAGAAAAAUAAAAUAAGAAAUUCACCUCAGAAAGUUUGGCGACCUCAUGAUACAGGUAGCAGUACAACAGCAAACUCUCAGGAUAUAGCAAUACGGGAACCUAACAGGAUAUUGAAGGCAGUAUUAGAGAAUGAUAACCCAACUGAUAUCAUUAAAAUACCUCAAUAUAAACCACUUGAAUAUCAACAAUGUAAACACAAAGCUGUAGAUGAAUCAACAUCCAAAGUUUUACUGAGAAGUGAAGAAUUUGAAUAUGUACAGCUGAAUCCUACGAUUUCCUUUGACCAUUUCGAAACUAUUUUCACCAAUGUUACAGAAGACCAGUUUAAUCAAUGGAAACAACAUAUUAAUGACUGCAUGAAUCUAAUCUGUACUAAUCCUGAUAUGAAUUAUGACAAGUUUCAGUCUAUUGUUCCAGAUAUAAGUGAAGAUGUAUUUAACAGAUGGAAAUAUUACCAGGUUGCUACCAAUAUCAAACAAAAUGAAGAUCGCAAUCAUUUUCUUAGUCCCAAACAUUAUGCUGAAAAAGAUAAUGAAAAAAUACCAAGCAGUGAAGAUGAUCCUAUUGAAGAAGAAAAAUGUCCUGAUAGUAAAUCUAAUCCUAGUCAUAAUAAACAGAGAAAACAAGCCAGAGCAGAGUAUCUAUGUUUACAAGAAAAUCCAUUUGUGGAUCUGCAAGAAGUUAUCAGUGCUUUUCCAAGUGUAUCCAAGAGAACUCUGUAUCGCUGGAAGAAAGAGAUAUUGCAAGCUGUCGAAUUUGUUAGAAGUCAACCAGAAAUAUCCUACAAUUCAUUCAUUCAAUUUUUCCCUGAAGUUUUGGAGAGUAAUUUUAAUCGUUGGAAAAAAGCCAUAAAUGCUGCUUCAACAGCUAUGGACAACUUUCAACAUGAUCAGAAUGAUCAUCUAGGCCAAAACCAAGUGAUUCCAAGACAACAGGAAAGCCCUACUGAAUCACCAAACAUGGUAGAAAAUCACUAUGAGAGACAAUCUGAACCAUCCAGUAUUCCAGAAACUUACACCCACCAUGACGAUAAUGAACAGGAUGGUAGCAGUUCCUCCUCAAAACCUGAAGACCUAUCAAGUCCUGAAAUGGAUGAUUUACCAAGAUGUGAAAGAAGAGAUUUUAGAUAUAUAUUGGAAAAUCCAGAUAUUGACUUUGAAAAGUUUAAUGUCAUGUUUCCCAAUACCUUACAAUAUAACUUCUACAAGUGGAGAAAUGACAUUCAUAGAUGGAUAUCAUUAGUAAUGAGCAGUCCUCACAUUGAUUAUAAUAUAUUUUCGAUAUACUGUCAAGAGGUACCAGAGGAGAUUUUUAAUGAAUGGAGAAAGGCAGCCAUAAAGAAUAUUAAUGGUCGAUCUGACACUGCAGAUCAAUCCUUUUACCAACAAACAGCAGAAGAUGUAGAUCACACUUUGUCCUCUACAGAAAUGAAUAACAACGAAAUUAACAAUUCAACCCUUACUAAUUCUACUUACUUUAAAUCAUUGAAGACUUUGACCCCAAGAUCAAGGAAGGUCAAUCUAAGAGAGUACCAUUAUUUUAUCCAGAAUCCUUACAUGACCUUUCAGGAACUCAAUGAAAUGUUUAACACUAUAUCUGGCAGGACUUUCUAUAGAUGGAAGAAGGAGGUGAAAGAAAAAUUGGAGUAUCUAGAAAUAAAUCAUGAUGCAGAUUUCAAGGGAUUCAGCAAGCUCUUCCCAGAAGUAUCUGAAGAUGUAUUUGUUACUUGGAAACAGAAAGCAAGAGUCAACUCGAGUAAACGUAAUGCUGGUGGUGGUGGAAAUUGGUGGAAUGUGAACCAUCAAUCCAAUGGAGAAGAUCAGAAACAAGUUGUAGCAUCUGAAUCUAGUAAAGAUAGUUUUGAGAGCCAGACAUCUAGUAGAUAUACAGUGUUGAAGGAAGAGGAAGAUAGAGAAGUCAAUGAGACAGCAGUCAAGUCACCAGCUUCACCCAUUAACUACUGUAGUCAAAAACGCUUAUUGAACUCUAGUUAUGAGAAGGAAGAGAAGUAUAUGAAGAGAGAGGGUGAAUCCCAGUUUACUGAUACCAGUAAUACCAUACAACAAAUGUUACAUCAGUAUUCUAAUAAUUAUAUCAACUAUGGUAUAACACCCAACUCUUCAAUGUAUUCUCAAAUCUUGACCUCAACAUCAUCACCUUACAUAAUGAAUCCUGGAAUAAAACACGAGAACUCAACCCACAACUUAGCUUCUAGUGCUUCAAUAUUUCCUACCAAUGCUAAUUUACCCAAAAGGCCUCUGUCUAGUCCUAUGACAUCAAUGAGUCCGAGUACUAACUGUGAUGAAAUUUAUUCUCCUAAAUUUCGUAAGCGGCAACGAGAAGAGUAUUGUUAUUUACAACAGAAUCCUACCAUGGAUUUUAAUGAGUUCACAUCUCAUUUUCCACGUGUAUCAAUUAGAACCUUUUAUAGGUGGAAAAAAGAACUGAAAGAUGACCGGUAAAUCCAGGUUCAUCAUUUGUGUCAUAUUUAUUUUGUAAAGAAAUCCACUAUUAUUAGAAAGUGCUUUUUGAAUGAAUGAUUGAGACUAUGUUUUAAUCAUACAAUAGUAUUAGUUUAUUGUUAUAUAAAUGAUUAUCUAUGCACUGAGGUCACCUCUUAUUAUUACCAUUAUACAUUAAACUUGUAGACAUCUUACAUGCAUUUAACUUGCAAUAAUUAUUAUUAUUAUUAUUGUUAAACUAGUUAGAACUAUACGUAUACAUGUAUUUGUAAAGUCACGAUAGAUAGCAUUCCACACCACAUAUAUUUGUUAUUAUUGUUAUCAACAAUUUAAAGCAUAAAUUUAGGGAACACAUAGAUAAGUACGGUAUUAGACUGUAUAUGUAUAUAUUUGUAGAGGAUUGGUCAUUAUAAUUGUUAAAUUGUUUUAAC